ACCAAAACAGCGAGUGGUACAUCCUCCUGUCACACAUCCCGGUCUGUCAGAGCCGCGCCGUCCCGGUCCUCUGAGGCGAGCCCAGCUAAUGCAGCUAAUAGUCGGCGACGCUAAAAAACAUUCACCGCUUUGUCGACGAGCUUUUUUCUGAGAUAUGAGUCAGCGGAACUCAAUUUUCAAGCUUGCCAGCUAGUGGUGUGUGAUCUGGAGGAAGAGGAAAGGACAGCAGAAACAAUGGAGCUGUCCGAUGGCUUGUUGCUGCAGGUCAACAAUGGAGAGCAGUGGUGUAACCGGUGGAAACAUCCCAAUGAGGACUCGGACCGCAGCACCAGCCCUUCAGUCCUCCGCUGUGUGACCAGCACGUGGAAGGAAGGUCUGCUGAAUAGAAAGAGGCCCUUUGUGGGACGUUGCUGUCAUUCCUGUACACCACAGAGCUGGGAGAGACUGUUCAACCCCAGUAUUCCAUCUCUGGGACUGCGCAACGUCAUCUACAUCAAUGAGACACACACUAGACAGCGAGGCUGGUUGGCACGCAGGCUGAGUUAUGUGCUGUUUGUCAUGGAGAGAGAUGUCCACAAGGACAUGUUCACCAGGAACGUGGUGGACAAUGUGCUCAACAACAGCAGGGUGGAGACUGCUAUUGUGAAGGUAGCCACAGAUUUGGAUGCUGCAGCCAGCCAGUCUGGCCAGGAGCACAAAGCUGUCAGUAAAGUGAAGCAGAAAGCCAGGGCCUUCCUCCAAGAGAUGGUGGCCAACAUUUCACCAGCCUUUAUCAGGCUGACAGGGUGGGUGCUCCUGAGACUGUUUAAUGGCUUCUUCUGGAGCAUCCAGAUCCACAAGGGUCAGCUGGAAAUGGUCAAGAAAGCUGCUACAGAGCAAAAUGUGCCCAUGGUCUUCCUCCCUGUUCACAAAUCUCACAUCGACUACCUGCUCAUCACUUUGAUUCUGUUCUGUCAUAACAUCAAAGCCCCACACAUCGCUGCUGGGAACAAUCUAAGCAUUCCCAUCCUCAGUACCUUGAUCCGUAAACUUGGAGGAUUCUUCAUACGCCGGAAAAUGGAGGAGACUGGGGAUGGAAAGAAAGACAUUUUAUACAGAUCACUUUUGCAUGCAUACACAGAGGAGCUGUUGCGGCAGCAGCAGUUUUUGGAGGUCUACCUGGAGGGUACCCGGUCACGCAGCGGUAAGCCGUCUCCAGCACGUGCAGGUAUGCUGUCGAUAGUGGUUGACACACUGUGCACCGGGUCCAUCGCAGAUGUGCUGGUGGUGCCAGUUGGCAUCUCAUACGACCGCAUUAUUGAGGGCAACUACAAUAGCGAACAGCUGGGCAAGCCCAAGAAGAAUGAGAGUUUGUGGGGAAUAGCAUGUGGAGUGUUCAGGAUGUUGAGAAAGAACUACGGUUGUGUCCGUGUUGAUUUUAACCAGCCCUUCUCCCUAAAGGAGUACAUGGACAGCCAGAGAAGCCGCCACAUUCCACCACCAGUGUCCUUGGAACAUAACUUGAUGCCCACCAUUAUUUCUGCACAGCCUGAUGCUCAGCUGUUUGAGGGGCAGGAGGAGGAGCAGAUGAACAGAGAGUUGCCCGAUGACAUGUUUCGACGGCAACUUAUCAACAACCUGGCCAAGCACGUCCUCUUCACGGCUAAUAAGUCGUCAGCGAUCAUGUCGACGCACAUUGUAGCCUGUUUGCUGCUGUACAGACACAGACAGGGGGUGGUGCUGUCCAAGCUAGUGGAAGACUUCUUCAACAUGAAGGAGGAGAUCCUGUCCAGGGACUUCGACUUGGGCUUUUCGGGAAACUCUGAAGAUGUGGUCAUGCGAGCCCUCCACCUCCUGGGAAACUGUGUCAAUGUGACCAGCAGUGCUAAUCGCAAUGGAGAGUUUACUGUUGCACCCAGCCAGACCGUACAGGCGCUUUUUGAGCUCAACUUCUAUAGCAACGGCCUUUUCCAUGUCUUCAUUUCGGAUGCAAUCAUUGCCUGUAGCAUCCUGUCACUACAACGCGAGCUCGUCAUGGAAUCUGAAUCUGAUCAACAGCCUGACGGUCUCAGUAGUCUCCUUCUUAGUCAGGAAAGACUGAUCCGCAAGGCUGCCAGUCUCUCCCACUUCCUUAUCAAUGAGGUCGCUGUUGCACCACCCUGUCAGACGAUCUACCAGGUUUUCCACGAUACAGUGACCCGGUUGAUCCAGUAUGGUGUUCUUUAUGUGGCAGAGGAGGACCAGGAGGAACUGAGCCCGAGUCCUACUGAGGAAACUUGGCCCAAAAAGUUCUCUGAGCCUCUUUCCUGGAGAAGUGAUGAAGAGGAUGAGGACAGUGACUUUGGAGAGGAGCAGAGGGAUCGCUACCUAAAGGUGAGCGUAUCUGCAGAGCACCAGGAGUUCUUUGUCUUUCUUCAGCGACUGCUCAGCCCAGUGCUGGAGGCCUACAGUGGUGCCGCAAUCUUCGUCCACAGCCUGAGUCAACCAACGGCUGAGUCGGACUACACACAGAAGCUUUUCAGAUACCUGCUCACUCGCACAGAGAGAGGAGUGGCUGCUUAUGGUGAAAGUGCGACUCAUUACCUGGUUAAGAACACCGUGAGGACAUUCAAAGAGCUCGGGGUCCUAAAGGAGAGAAGAGAGAACAAGGUGACCACUCUGGAGCUAAGCAGCACCUUUCUACCUCAGGCCAAUCGGAAUAAACUCCUGCAGUACAUCUUGGGUUUCACCCUGCUGUGACCAAGACACCCUCUAGCCCAGCUCAGACCCCAGGCUCCUUCCAGUAAAGGGCUUCUACUGGUUACUUCUAAACAAUCCCAGGUGCUACUCUGUGGAAAGCUUUACCAGGAAGUGCCUUCAUGUAAAAGCCGCUAACUGUUAGCUGUUAGCCGGAAGAGACUUGAAGCCAGUCUUCCCUGUUUUUUGGUUCCAGUCUCUGACUCCCUGUCUUAGAACUGUGCAGCUGAUUAAAACACAUGUAUUGUUCUUUGAAGAGAUACCUCUAGGGAACACCCUUUCUUUGAGAACUUUGCCAGUAACAUCAAAAGGUUGUAAUAUGAUCAAAAUUUUAAUCUCUAAACUGAUACGCUCAAGCAGGUUAGAAAAUGUUUCACUUUUACAGCAAUCCGAACAAAGCAAGCUGCCUUUCAUCUAUACAAGUGAACAAGCAAAAUAUGCAUUGUAAAACAUAACCAACACUCUUUCUGCUUGUUUGUAAAACUGCUGUACUCUCCAGUGCACUCUAGUAUCAUUCAGUAGAAAAAAUGUGAAAAUGUAGUUUGUUGAAAGGCUUAUUUUUAAACAAAUUUCUGUACAUAAUUCACAAGGACAGUGUCUCUCAUUUCUAUACAUGCGCUGUGCUGUCAUCAAACUGAGAGAUACAGUCUCCUUGCAAAAUGUGUACAUAUCCAAAUUUUCAUAAAUUAUCUGUAUAAAUCUAAUUCUGCGUUGUGUUAAGGUCAGUUGCUGUUUUAAGAUAUCAAAACAGUUCAGACAUUCAAAAGUACCUGCUCAGCAAAAGCAAUAUGUACCCUGUUGGAAGUCUGGCCCAGUCGAGGCCAAAAUCACAUACAUCUACAGUUAAGUGCAUUCAAACCACUGAUAGCUAAGUGCAUUCAAUUACACUUUUCAUCUUGUUGAAAAGUGACCUUGAUCUCUGUUUUUUGCGUAACACCUUUCAAUUUUCAAUGAAUGUUACAUAGCACAGUACUUAAAAUACUUAAUACCAGCCAUCACAUCCACUUACACUGAAAUGCAGCCAGCUCAGACACUCUUUAGUCUUGCCUUUCAGGGAAAGCAGAUGUUUGGGAUUACCACCUUUAUUUUCUGUAUUAUAAACACACUGUAUAAAGCCUUUAUAGCACUGCUGCUGAGGGGGCUCUUUGCUCCAAUAGCUGGGCAUUUACUAGACAGAAGUACUGCAUAGCGUCGUAACAAUAAAUGGUACAUAUCCACUGUGUAACCCACUUGAACAGGUCCCGUCUCUGAAAGUCGGUUUUUUGUGAGAACAAAAUCAUAACAAGGAACUUGUUGAGAACGGAGGAAGACAUUUUUCUCCUGUAAUGAAGAAUGCUGUAACAAUCUGAACACCAAUAAUACAAUCAUCAUCCACUGCCAGGUUUAAUUCAUUUCCUUUGAAUUUCCAGCAUCAAUUGGUUACUUUCCAAAAUCAAUUAGAAAAUGUGUUUUAAACCACCAGUAAUUAGAUCCUGAUCAUUUCAAUUUUUACUCCAAAAUGCAGAUGUCAAAACAUUACUGUCAGACAGGAAGGGAAUAAAACUUUUGCGGCUGAUUAUGGAACUCAAAAAGCGAAGUACAACACACCUGAUAGUGAAACCACACUGUGCUGUACCUGCUGGACAUUUACAAGUUUUCAGUUCUGUUUGUAAAAUAGCCUCACAACACAGGAAGUCAAUAUUUAGGUGUAAUUCAGAAUCUAAAUACAUACAUGAACAUAAAUGUACAACAUCUCACAUGUUUGUGUAUGAAUGUGCACGCCUGGUAGCGAAAACGGGAAGGAGCAUGUUUGAGAGGGUCAAAGGAAGUUUGGUGAAUCAUCGUCAUGACUGGAGGGAUUCUUAACCCAAUUUUAAGGCUGAUAGCGUGAAAAAACUGAUCAUCUGUCAGGGCAUUAAAAAAUGGGAACUGGGUGUCCGAUACGUAGGAUAUGUUUCAAUGAAUGUUUAUAUUGAAAGACUUUUUGACAAUGGUCAGCAACACUACUUGGUACAAAUUAUUUAAAUGCUCUUUUCUCAACAUUCAGCUUUAUUUAAUGUUAAAAAUCGGCAUAUGUGAAUGCAGUUUGUCAAAAAAAAUGUAUAAAAUUACCCAUAAAUGGUGAAAGUUAGUUGUUGUGGAUUGAUGAAAGACACUCACAGCAUGUUGAAGAACAGAAAAUUAUGUUACCCGAAUGGGAAUUUGAUGUUUAAGGCAACUCUGAGCCCACAAUCUGUGUACGUCCCUCACAGCAGGACCCCUCCGCCAAAAUUCAACCACUGUUUGUACUGUACUGCAUGUUUCCUCUGGUCGCCUUUAAUCAUCGACUCGUCAGCGUGAACUCUGCUUAACAUGAGAAUGAUGUUUUACAGUCUAGUGUGUGAAUUGUGUUGAACAGAAAGAUAGUCGUAUGUGUAGGAGAUAAAAUUUGUUACCUCUUGAAUGUAUCUCAUCUGUCCCUGAAAAGGUCAAUGUGAUAUUGUAGAAUACUCAAUGGAAUCGGUACAGAUGUGAUAAAAGUUUUUUAUGAACUGCUUGUGGGAGUUGUUGCUACUGAAGCUGCGUUAACGACAUCCCACUGCUCUGUGUAACGUCGUAGGAUUUAAAAAAAAUAACAAAACAUGCCUGUAUCUGGGGAGCAGGUGCCUUUUUAAUGCACUGUAGUGUUCUUCGGUUGUGUUUUUUGUUCUCUUUUUGUGCAUGUUAACAGCUGUUAUUUCAUGUGGGAAUCCAAAAGAGCACUGUAGAUUGUAACUUAAAAACAAAAUACACAAGUGGAGAGAAUGUGUUGUUACUAUAAGAAGAAUCACCAGCUACUUUAAAAAAAAAACAAAAAAAAAAAAACACUUUUUUUGUUCUUGCUAUAUCGCAGUGAAGCACAAUUGGCAUAGAUUUUCUUCUUAAAUAAAUGAUAGAUUAACA